AUGUCGUCGCCUCUGGGUUCGAGGUACUCGGAAUACGGUAUCCCCAGCAUUGUUAUCACUCCGGCCCUGCCAUCUCCGGAGUCGCUGCCUGUGGAUAUGCGUCGUGCGUUGGAUUCCAUUCUAUCCCGACGUCCGAGCGAAUCAUCCACUACCGCGGUCGAGCAUGGCAAUGCUCCCGCUAACCACACGGCUAUCGGACGUCCGGACGUCCCCGCAGAAGAUGACACGGAAGACACCGGGCACGAGGAGGUAUCCCACGCUCCAUUUAACACACAGUCCGGGACGACAGACAACCACUUUCUUCUGCAACUCGACUUCGAGAAUCCCCGGAUCAGCUUCGGAGACGUCCUCGCUGCAAUCAACGCGACCCGAAGUGACGCCGUCGACCUCGAGACUGUUACGAACGAAGCUACCGCGACAGACAGCGCGUCUUCUACACCUCGAUCACGCUCUCCAUCGCCCUGGGACUCCGACUACGUUGUCAUCACUGAACCAAUUUCGAGGAACGGUAGCGUGGAUGCGAGCCAGGAGGUCGCUAAGGACUCUCAGGUCGUCUGGCGUCCUGAGCCACAGUCGGGGAUCGUCCCGCCAGUAUGGCGUCAUGCUAUGUAUAUCAGCACGCUCGUCUGGCCUGCCCAGACGCUUCACUUAAACAAUCGCGGCAGUCGAGAUAAACUUUUACCUCCUGUGGCCUCCCCUCCCAAGGCUUCCUGGCCUGGGGCCAGUGUGCUGGCCCGCGCGUUCAGUCUGAAGCGCUCAUGA